AUUCAUUUCUCACUUUACCAUUUUAGAGACUGUCAAAUAAAAUUGUUAAAAAGUUAUGUCAUCCAUUUUAAAGAUAAAAUAUAGGCUACUGUUCAGUGGUAAUCACUGUGAUAGGACAUCUGACCAAUUAUAUCUUGAUGUAUUGACCUUAGCAGGGCUUUUUUUUUUCAUCUUUACGCGAGACCCGUCUCCAUUUACUGGCAGUUGAUCCAUCCAGUGGUAAAACCGAACUGUGAAAACCUCUUGAAACUUUAGCCAAUGAAAUCAGUCUCUUAGCCAUAUAUGGUAUGUUGAGGGCGGGACAUCCUGUAGGAGCAGCGGCAACCGCGUAAAUCAACCUGCGCUCUCCCAGUGUGCCGAGGGAAACGCGUGGACACAGAGAGGGGAGGGCUCACGGGAAUUUAACACUCACUCACUCUGAAAACUUUCCGCCGGAGUCUUUCAUCUUGUCACACUUCGGAUAUGUUGCUCUCAGACUCCGAGGAUGAGUCAGAACAGCUGCACUCGGAUUGUCAGUCUGAUAGUGAGAGCAGCCUCUGCAGUCCGGACGAUGAAUACAUUCCGAAGGGGCUGGGCCGAGGAUCCGAUGAGGAAGACUCUAGCAUUGAAGACAGUUCAGAUGAGGAGUGGUUUAUUUCACCCCCCAAGAGAAGAGCUUAUAGGAAGUGCUCUGUUUCUGCUUCUCCGAGGUCACCGCCCUGGAAAUCCCCAUCCAAGAAGAAGGAACAGCGGUGUGUCUGUUGUGACAGUCCUGUUGGAAAAAAGCUCCACCAUGAAUCUACACCCCAAAAAGACUCCUCCCUCCCCAAGACUGGCAAGACGGACUCCUCUCCAUGCAGGAAAACUCGAAGUGGAAAGAGGCAAGUAAAAAGAACGCUUGUGAGAGAGGAAGCUGUUGAGGAAGACGAUGGAGACCAGUGGCGUGACAUUGAUGAGGAAGAUGUCGAGCCUCCUCAGCCACGGUUCAGACCUGAGAGGGUCGCCGGGCCGCAGCUGAACAGAACUGCGAAUUACACACCACUCGAACUGUUCCAGCUGUUCUUUUCUACGACAGUAAUCAACACAUUGGUAAGAAACAGCAAUGCCUAUGCGAAGAAAACACAGGAAGACCAGCAGAUAAGCUGGGUUCCUGUCACAACAGCAGAUAUGUAUUCCUUCCUCAGCCUCAUCCUCUACAUGGGCAUUGUGCCCCUAAAAACUCUGGCAGACUUCUGGAAAGGAUCCAAGCUAUUCAGCCUGCCAUUUCCGGCCUCUGUUAUGGCGCGUAGACGUUUCCUUACUAUCUCCCGCAAUCUACACAUGAAUGAUCCUGCAGUUGAGGCAGCUAAUGACCAGAAGAAAGGAACGGCAGGAUAUGAUAAACUAUGCAAGAUAAAGCCACUUUAUGAGCAGAUUUUGGAGGGCUGCCACACUUUCUUUCAUCCCUACCAGCAUAUCUCCAUAGAUGAACGGAUGGUGGCGACCAAAGCAAGAAUCGGGUUAAAACAGUACAUCAAAAACAAGCCCACUAAAUGGGGCUUUAAGCUCUUUGUUUUAGCCGACUCAACAUGUGGCUAUACCCUGAACUUUUUUGUGUAUGGGGGAAAAGACAGUAAACCAACAGGGAAAGGACAAAGCUAUGAUGUUGUCAUGAGACUGUUGAAUGUCCCCUUCCUGGGAAAAGGAUACAAACUCUAUGUGGACAACUACUACACCAGUCCAACACUUUUCCUUGACCUCCUUCAGAGAAAAAUCUGGGCAUGCGGCACUAUUCGCCCCACCACAUCUGGUUAUCCCAAAAAGAAAAAGAACGACAUGCACGGAAAAACACCCAGGGGAACUAUCAGGUGGAUCAGAAAAGGAGCAAUAUUGUUUGUUAAGUGGUUAGACACUCGGGAGGUAACGAUGUGUUCCACCUUACACAAAGCAUACAGCAAAGACAAUGUAAAGCGCAAAAUGAAAGAUACAGAGGGACACUGGACAGUGAAGCAAGUGCCUAUUCCGGGAUGCAUCAAGGAUUACAACCAGUACAUGGGGGGUGUCGACUUGUCAGAUGCGCUCAUUUCUUACUACAAUGUUCUCCAUAAAACCCGGAAAUGGUACAAAACUUUGUUUUUCCAUUUCGUGGAUAUAGCCACCGUAAAUGCCUUCAUCCUCCACAAGGAAUUGUGCAAACUGCAGAAUCGCCCUGAACUACCACAGAAAGCCUUCAGGGAGCAGCUGAUUGUGUCCCUGGCUGAUAUCGGGUCGGCACCACGCCGGUCAGCUCCGCACAACUUUCCUGCCUCAACUUUCAAAGUGCUGCCUUCUCCCUCUCCAUUCAGUGCCCUGUGGCAAUCUGAUUCCACAGACACGGAGCCAUCUCCUUCUACAUCCACUAAGGUCCCACCUCAACCUGAUCAAGGUUUCGGUCACUUGCCAUCAUACUUUGUGGAACAAAUGACGGAUGUUUCUCCUAGAUAUCGGGCCACUGCUGGCAGAAGGGCAUGUGUGGUCUGCAAAAGAAAGUCACCGGUCUAUUGCAGCACCUGUCUUAAGACACUGUGUUUCACUACUUUACGAAACUGCUAUAGUGAGUGGCAUAGAAGCAAUGGUAUCUGUGAAUAAAUGACUAAGCCUUUCAUGAAGCUGAAGUGUCCCUUUUUAAGACGAGUUCCUUUAUCACCACAAGUGAACAAAUGUCAACUAACUCAAAAAAAAAUUCUCAUUGCUACUGAUUUUGAUACCUCAUGAUUACAAUGAGUAUUUAACAAGACUGUUUAAAAGGUCUCCUAGUAAUGUAAGUUAUCAUGGUAAACUAGAUACCAGAGAGUAGAUAAUAACCUUAAUAACCUGCAGUUGGUAAACUAGAAGAAACUCUAAUAGAUAAUUGUAACCCUUAACCUGAAUGGCAGAAUUAACCAUUGAGAUGAAAAUAGUCCCAAGGCUUCAGAAUCCAAUCCUGUCAUUACUCAUUCAAAUACAUUCAAGUGUCUUUAAAAUUCCCAAUUUGAAAAAAAAAAACGUUAAGGAAUUUAUAUUGAACUGUAAAGCAUCUCACAAAGCAGGAAGCAGCCACACACUGCCUGGAUUAAUUUCAGCGCGACUCAGCUUCGCUUUGCUGCUCAGGAGGCGAGUCCCAGUGGCUGCUCACGGGAGUAAGAAUCAAACAGUCCUCAGUGGUCCGUGCUGCGGACGUCACUUCUCACUCAAAAACUGGACAAUGACCACCCAUGAGAGGUGAUAACACACCGCACGACUCUGAGGAUUAAGAUACUGGAGAUUAAGCAUCAUAAAUGGAAACAUAUCUACCUGGAAGCCUGCUUUGAAAAUGGACACCUCAUGUCAUCCUCUUGUUUUCUGCACCUAACAUCCUUUCUUACUUCGACACUGGAAACAGGGUUCUCUAGCAGUAUACUGAUAAUAAUAUACUGCUAGCUCAGCACCACUAUACUCAUUUUCAAAUUAAGGGUGUUUAUUUCCUGUAUCUUUAACGAUAUGCAACAUGACUGCAUCCAUAACAGCUGACAACCGGGACCCUUUCUUCUCAUACGGGACACAAUGAUUAAAUGAUUCUGCUAAUGUUAGCUGCUUUAUAGCGGGUGUUUGUGGGCUGCCGCGGUCUUCUCGUAGAGAACAAAGUGUCCCACUCUGAUACGUGCGUCUGUCUGAGAGGCUCAGAUAAAUGUGUCGGUCCGCUGUCUUUAGUCACAACAGCCUUUGAACAAACUGUGCAGCGGACCGUGGUUUGUUUGAGGUCCGACGCCACAAAACCAAGUUACUAACGAGAUAGUGCCGUUUCAGGAACGAGCUCUUGGCGCGCUGCAUGUUGUUGUUUGUUUCUCUGUGGAAAGUCAGUGCUUUCCAGUGCUCACAGAUGUGAGGGAAGUGCAUAUAGACUCAUUUUUGAGAAUUUACCUAUAUGAAGAAAAGCGGGUCGUCUACUGAAACAAAAAGGAGAAACACAAAAUCACACUUGAAUAUAACAGAAGACCACUGAGUGUUUACGUAAUGUUUUCCUGUUUUUUUGUCUUAUUUGGAGUUACUGGUUAUUACGUUUAUUGUUUCUGCUGUUUAUUAAUUUGGAUUACAUGGUUGAUGCGAGCAUGUGUUUGACUACUUGUUUUACCUAAGCAGGUGAGGAUGAAACCACUUCCCAGAUAACAAAAUUGUACCAGACAACCUCAUCACCCACAUACUGCAUAGAAAGAUGGCACCAGGGCAGCUAGAAUGAACUGUGAUUUAGGCCAGUUCUGGUUUAUUCAGUCCGGUCAUGGCUGAUGUGUGGCCACGAUAUGACCGACAAUACAGGACCGCCCCAGUGCCGUCAUUCCACAAGGUAUAUGGGCCGAAUGAUGUCUGGUGUGGUCCAGAUCUGGGCCACAACAAUUUUGGCAUCUUGGCAGUUCUGGGUUUGGUUUCUGGCUGCAUUUAACAUGAUGGGUUGGAUUUGGCUUUUACAGUUUAGCCUCCACUAACCACAACAAUGUUAUAAUGUGGUCGAGGAUGAACCAACAUACACUGGAGACUGAAAGGACCCUGUGUUAGGGAUUAGAAUUGUAUUUUUUAUAGCAGAAUAAGGACAUUUUUCAAGGCAUUCUGAAUCCAUGAUGUGAUGAUAUACGCACACAAACGGCAUACUUGAAAAACCAUCACUACUGUGCGUUUAAACACGCCCAUUUAUUACCGACUGCCUCACCAACACUGCCUCACUUAAUAGAAACUACAUCAGUACAAACUUGAAUGGUAAGAAUUGUUUUUGAUGUGCUAUUUAUGGUGCAACGUCAAUGGCACACCGACUGCUAUCACAGGAACUACUUUCCCACUGGAUCCAAACUUUAACAUCACUACUAUUUCAGGAAUGGUCUGCAUUAACAGAAAUACAGUAAUGUGGCUUUCUUGUAAUGGAAUACAUGAAGCAGUGAUCUGAAAGCCUCAUUCUUCUGUCCUAAACAGCUGAACAGAUGUGCAUUACUUGAACAACUCUCAGAGAUGGGCACAACAAAUUACCUCUCACUCUUCCAAAGUUAAUUCAAAGACUCUCCACUGUUGUUUUUGUAGUGUUCUUUCAUACACAGUACUAUUUUUGAUGUGGGCUCGGGGAGGGGGUUCAGAGUUGUAUUCAUGAAUUUUGUAAAAAAAAAAAUAAAAUACAUUUUUAUGAAGGGA